AGAGUAAGAAAAAAUUGGCCCAUCUGAAAUCAAUAUACAAUCAAUAAUGGAAGACUUAAAGUAGACCAAAGACUUUUCGUUUUUUUUUCCUCAAGUCUUUGAAUCAAACAAUAGAUACUACAUAUAUAUAAAUACUCUCUGCUGAUCCCUUGCUUCAUUAUCUCAUAAACCAGCAAGAACACUAAAUAAAGAAAAUGGUGCUAAAGCUUGUCAUAAUGGUGAUAGUGUUUGCACAAAUCUUAGCUCCAAUCGUUGAAGCUGCUCAAGGAAGAGCUGUCUAUUACAACCCUCCCUAUACUAGGUCUGCUUGUUCUGGAAGACAAUAUGAAACGAUGGUGGUUGGACUCAAGAGCAAUCUGUAUCAAGGAGGUCGAGCUUGUGGUCGGAGGUACAGGGUUCGAUGCAUUGGUGCUACUUACAACUUUCCCGGAGCGUGUACCGGACGUACCGUAGUCGUCAAGGUAGUUGAUUUCUGCCGGGAGCCUUGCAAUGGCGACCUUAAUCUCUCUCGUGACGCUUUUCAGGUCAUCGCUAAUACCAAUGCCGGUAACAUCCGCGUCGAAUACACUCCGAUAUGAAGUUGAUUGAUUUCGUGAAGAGAUGAUUUCGUGGUACUAUUCCAAUAAAUCGAAUGGAACUAAUAAGCUUGCUAAACUAUAUGUAUGGAUGGUCCUUUGUGCUGAAAAAAAUUGUACUUCAAAUAAGAAUUCCAAUGUUUCCUAAUUAAACUUUUACGUUUAUAAGAUUUCUCAUAUUAAGGAUUUAUAAAA